AUGGAUGCAAGAAAUCUCAGUGAUGAAGAAUUGAAGCGUAAAGUUGAGGAGCUGAAAGAGAACAAUGAGGUGAUUGGAUUAGCAUUACAACGAUCUAGGUUAUCAGUUAAAAGACUUAAGCUGGAAUAUGGUGUACUUCUCGAAAGAUUAGAGGCGCGCGCUGACAUGGACCCUGAUGUAGGAACGUUUAACCCACUACCAUCACUAGAAAACUUCCAGAAGGAGCUUAUGUCUACACCUUUGAAGAAGCCGAAGACACGUAAACAGAAACUGAAAGAAAGAGAUCCAAAUAUGCCGAAAAGGCCCACGAACGCAUAUCUAUUAUUCUGUGAGAUGAACAAAGAGAAGAUAAAAGAGGGUGGUUCUGUAGAUGUAACCAAAGACUUAACGGAGAGUUGGAAAAACCUUAGUGAACAAGAGAGGAAACCAUAUUAUCGUCUUUAUAAUGAGGAUAGAGAGAGGUAUCAAGCAGAAAUGGAAGCCUAUAACAAGAAAUCAAAAACUGAAGAUGCUGGGAAGGAAGAUUCCAUGAGUAAAAAUAGCUCAAAACAAGAAGAUUCAGAUCAAACGUCCAACGAAGUUGAGAAUUAA